AUGCACCGUCAACGUCGAUCUAGUUGGUGUAGACGAGGACUAUUUAUCAUGAAGCUUUCCACUUUCAUCGCGACAGCGAUUUCUACGGCUGCCGUGGUUGCAGGGGAACACCUCGACGUCCGAUCAUGCGUGUGCUCCUCCAACAAGAGCUCUUGCCUAUGCGAAGACGCUAAACAGUCCGUUCGGGUCCUUCCUGAUGCGGUAUCGAAAUGCAUCGCGUCGCGAGGCUGGAAGGAUGGCGAGGAUACGACCUACUCGGACAACUCCUGCGGCGUUACCCAGAAAUACGCCGACAUUGCAUGCAUUGUCUCGAGAGACGCAGUAGGAAAAUCCUUUCCCGGUGACUGGUGCGGUGGCGCUCAGAAGCGGGCGGACAUGGAAUGCUCGGCCUCCAAAAGAAGUGCAGACAACGCAAACGAGCCGGAGGCCAAAAAGGCUUGUACCGCAGCCCAGAAGCGCGCCAUCGACUGCAUCGUGUCAAGGGACCCCGAAGGUCCUUCCCCUGGCGAUUGGUGCGGUGGUGCCGUUGAUGCAGUCGAGGAGCAUUGCGGAACCCCCUCUGCUGGGCAGGAGACAGUCGAAGGCUUCCCCGGCGAUUGGUGCGGAGGUUCCCUGCGCCUAGCGAGAGACUGCAUUUCCGUCCGGAGCCCGAAAGAAGUCUUUCCUCCGGAUUGGUGUGGGCGUAAACGCGGAAAGCCAUGCAUCGUCUCCCGGAGCCCCAAGGAAGUCUUCCCCCCCGACUGGUGCGGUCGUAAGCGCGGUAAGAUUUGCCCUGUCUCCAGGACCUCAGAGAAGAGGUACCCCCCCAAUUGGUGCGGUGGUACUCAGAAGCGAGCCACCCAAUGCAUCGUCUCCCGAGGCUGGACAGGAUACCCGUGGGAUGUUUGCGACAGCACCGACGCAGAAUGCAUUGCCGCCGCCAAGCGCGAGCUGGGCUACGACAUGGAGGUGAAGCAUGAGUCGGCGUCUGCUGAUGCGUGCGACUAUUCCUCGCGCGGCGGUCGUCGCGCGGUUACGCCGCCGCACUGCAUGUGUCCUGUCGAGCGCGACGAAGCCGGGGUGGACGUGGUCAAGCGAUGCCGAUGCGGAGACGAGACGAAAGAGGUCGCCACGUACCACUGCAUGUGCCUGACGGGCGGAGGCGAUGCCACUGCGCCUUGCGCGUGCAACAGUGACGUAGCGUUCUUGAGCGAGGUUCAAUACGAGCAAUAG